AUGAUUAUUACACAAACAGUUGGGGAAGAUAUACGAUCGGAGCAAAUGUCUUUAAUACCUGAUUCUAAAUUUCAAUGUGCCAAUACAACUUGUUUACCGUUCAUUAGCGUUAUUACAACAAACAUUAGAAAUUGUCAAUUUGCCUGUUUAGGUCAAAGUCAAUGCAUAGCAGCAACUUUUCAUCGUUCAACUUCAAAUUGUGAAUUAUUUGAUAAUAUGUUGAACCAAAACGGAAAUAUGUUGGUUGAUAUCGAUGCUACUAGCAUUAAUGUUAUUAGUGGAACACGAUUUCCACCUGAACCGACUACGACAACAUCAACAACGUCAUCAACAACAACAACAACAAUACCGCAAUGGACAAUCACUGGAAAUAUGAGUGUCGCCCGAUAUCUUCAUACAGCAUCCACAUUAGCAAAUGGAUCAGUAUUAAUUACGGGUGGAUAUAACAGUGGUGGUUAUCUCAAUAGUGCUGAAUUAUACAAUCCAUUAACAGGCACUUGGGCAACCACAGGAAACAUCAGUACCGAACGAGAAUUUCACACAGCAUCCGUAUUAGCAAAUGGGUUAGUAUUAGUUGCUGGUGGAUAUAAUGGUACUUUUCUCAACAGUGCUGAGUUGUACAAUUCAUCAACAGGUACUUGGACAACCACAGGAAGUAUGAAUGUCACACGAGAUCAACACACAGCAUCCAUAUUAGCAAAUGGAUCAGUACUAGUUACUGGUGGAUACAACAGUGCUUCUCUCAAUAGUGCUGAACUGUACAAUCCAUCAACAGGCACUUGGACAACCACAGGAAGUAUGAAUGUCGCACGAUAUCAACACACAGCAUCCAUAUUAACAAAUGGAUCAGUAUUAGUUACUGGUGGAGUUAGCAGCGGUGUUUAUCUCAAUUGUACUGAACUGUACAAUCCAUCAACAGGCACUUGGACAAUCACAGGAAGCAUGAGUGUCGCACGAGAAUAUCACAGAGCAACCACAUUAGCAAACGGAUCAGUAUUAGUUACUGGUGGAUUGACCAUCAGUGGUUAUCUCAAUAGUGCUGAGUUGUACAAUCCAUCAACAGGCACUUGGACAACCACAGGAAGCAUGAAUAUUGCACGUAUUGCUCACACAGCAUCCACAUUAGCAACUGGAUUAGUAUUAGUUACUGGUGGAUUUAAAAGCAGUAGUUAUUUAAAUAGUGCUGAACUGUACAAUCCAUCAACAGGUACUUGGACAACUAUAGCAAACAUGAGUAUUGCACGAGAUUAUCAUACAGCAUCCACAUUAGCGAAUGGACCAGUAUUAGUUACUGGUGGAUACAACGGUAAUUAUCCCAAUAGUGCUGAACUUUAUUAA